AUGGCCGUUCUCGCCUUGGAUGCCAAAUAUAACGUAUUCAGAACUCCAAAUAAUCCACAAUUCAGAACUCUCUAUUUAAGAAGAAGAAGCCAGAUAUUAAGAGAAAAAUCUACAUUAGAUCGUGACCCAACUCUUUUGAAAGAAUACUUAAAAAUUAGGUCAACAUUAUUGUCACAAAGAUAUGGUCUUCCAUCAACUUUUGAUCAGAGUGAAGACAGCUUAUUCAAGCACUACCAACAUCACUCACAGCAGCAGCAGCAGCAGCAAGAAGAUAUAAAUAGAAUGCAAGAGGAAUUCCUCGAAAGAUUUAGAUUGGAUGAUCAACAGCCAAUCAUAACGCCGACCAGCUUGGCCGGGGCCAGUCGAGCGAUGGCCGGGGAGCAGACGAUUAGUGAGAAUUAUUCGUUCUCUGGAGUGCAUCAUAUCUUUGAUCAGCAUAAAAUGGCCGGUAAGUCAAUUGACUGCGUUAAAUUUGCUCACGACGACAAGUCCCGCCUUGCUUGCUGCUCAUUGGACGGCCAGAUUUCCGUCUGCCAAUUAGUCCCGCCCCCUGCCACCGUAAUUUGCUUAUUUCAGGGUCACACAGCUGGAGUCUAUGAUUUCAGUUGGUCGCUAUCGAACGACACGAUUUUGUCGUGUUCGGCCGACGCGACGAGUCGUCUGUGGCAGGUGUCUAGCGGCCAGUGUCUACGAGUCAUUCCGAAUCCUAAUGGUUCGGAGGUCCUAUCGUGUCUAUUUCAACCUGCUAACAACAAUCUGUUUGCCACAGGUGAUGCGAGACACACACUUCAAAUCAUGAAUCUCUCAACUGGGAAAGUUGUCAAAGGGGGCAUCAGUAACUUAAGUGGCUCGGUCCAGUGUCUAUGUUUUGAUUCAUCGGGCAAGUUACUGUGGGCCGGCGACUCCAAGGGCUAUGUGACGUCAUUCUUAUUUGACCUCAUCAGUGGCAGGCUUAUCAGGGCUAAAAAACUGCACAUAAGUGAUGGUCACUCAGUUACAUCGAUAUGCAGUAGGAGCUGGUUGAGUAGGGAGUGCAGAGAUCCUUCCCUGCUCGUCAACUGCUCUAAUAAUAUGCUUUCUCUAUUAAGGUUGGUUUACAAUGAGGGAGGAUUACAAAUCCGGCGGAGAUUACCUAUCAGACAGAGGACUCACAACAUAAGAAGCACCUUCUGCCCCAUCAUGUCCUUCAGGACUGGCAUCUGCGUUGUGUCAGGCAGCGAAGACUCAACCAUCUACUUCUUCGACGUAACGAAGGAGAGCAAGUACUGCAUCAACACUCUGCAGGGCCAUUCUGGGCCAGUUCUCGACGUUUCAUUCGCGCAUGAUGAAAGUCUCCUGGCCUCGUCAGACUCAACUGGCGUCGUCAUCGUCUGGAAGAGAGAGCAGAGG